CGCAGCUGCCACAGGCCUACAAAUACCAAACACAGAAGGCACAACCACACACGCACCAUCGGCAUCCACCUUACCACUACGUACACUCACUGGUCAAGCCAACAGGCGAUGGAGUCCGGGGGAGUGACGGCCGGCGUCGGCGCCGAGAAGAACUCGUGGCCGGAGGUGGUGGGCCUGUCGUCGGAGGAGGCCAAGAAGAAGAUCGUAGAGAACAAGCCGGACGCCAGCGUCCACGUCGUUCCGGCCGACUCCUUCGUCACCAUGGAUUACAACACCGGCCGAGUCAGGGUGUUCGUCGACUCCAGCGACAAGGUCACCAAAGCUCCUAGGAUUGGCUAGCUUAGACGGGCUCAUCCUUACGUUUGUACCAAUAAAUGAGGACGUAAUUCUGUCUAGCUGUACUCUGUAAACGUGUGUACUUAAAAAAAUGAAAACAGAGAGAAAACUCCCCUUAUCUUA